CGUCCCGGGCAUCCCUGGGGCGGGCGGGGCGCGCGCGGGCCCGGCCGCGCCGGGGUUUGAUCCGAAUGAUCCCAAUGUGAAAUGGGUGUGUAUUCCCACCUCCCCGCCCACCGCUGCUGUGGGCGGGUCGAACAAUUCGUGGAUCUCACCAACGCGAUGGAGUCGUGCUACGCGAAAACGGCGAUGAGCGGUGUGGCUGGGUUUGCGCUCGGCGGGUUGUUUGGCAUGUUCAUGGCCUCGAUGGCCUACGACACGCCCUUCCACACGCCCGGCGCGCCGGGCGGGGUCUCGGGCGUGCCCGGCUCGGCGGCCGCCACGACGGUGUCGUCGCUGCCGCUGCGCAAGCAGCUGGCGCACGGGUUCAAGGACAUGGGCGCGCGCUCGUGGAGCACGGCCAAGAACUUCGGCGCCGUCGGCGCCCUCUUCAGCGGCAUCGAGUGCGGCAUCGAGGGCCUCCGCGCCAAGAACGACAUGGCCAACGGCGUCGCGGCCGGCUGCCUCACCGGCGCCAUCCUGGCGCGCAACGGCGGGCCGCAGGCGGCCGCCGUCGGCUGUGCCGGCUUUGCCGCCUUCAGUGCCGCUAUUGAUGCGUGGAUGAGGAUGCCCAAGGACGAGGAUUGAGCGCGGAAGGGAAGAUGUGCGUGU